CAUUCAGAGGGUGACCGGUGUGCCAUAUCUGAGCAGCUCAUGAAAGUGAGGGUCUUGCCUUUCCAGCUGUUAUCAGCUGUAUAAAGUCAAAGGACCCGUGCUGUGUGCAGAUUUAAUUUCAGGGAAUAAUAUUCUCUGUGCAAAAAUCAGUAGCUGUAGCUUUAAAGCUGUCUGACAGCAUAAUGAAAGAUUGGAGAUGAAACGUGGCUUACAUCUCUAGCCUAAAUCUCUCAUUCUGAGUGGAUUUGGCCGUUCCUAACUCCAGUCUAGCAGUCCGCUGCCUUUGGUUCAUGGCACCGUUCCACACAUCUGCGGAGCAGCCCUGCAACAAAACAUGACCAGAUGCGAGCAUAAUAGCCCCACGAUGCUCCAAGAACUACAGUAACACAGGUAUAAUGAUGAGCAUUGCAUACAUGAAACAUACAGAGAGUGGGUUUGGUUGGCGCUCCGUGUCGGCGCGCUGCUGUAGUCCUGCCUCAGGAAGCGCCGAGCAGCACCUCCCGUCUCCACACCAGAGCGCAACACUUCACUGUGGCAGCAGCGCAGGAGAUGCACGCCGACUGAAAGCUCAGCUGCGACUCUGCGAACACACUGCGCCUUCCACAAGUUGAUUUUCCGCUGGAGGGAAAGAAACAAGACAACAUGUUCCGCAGCUCCCCCCCUGCCAGUUGAUUUUCCCGCACCGUGUUUGCAUUUGGAUCUAAGUUCCCACGUCAUUUCGAGGGACGCGGUCGGCGCGCCGGGAGACAUGAGGAUAACUGUCGGGCGCUGUGGAUGAUGAUGUCCCACAAUGAACGCAGAUUUUCAAAAUCCACUGCAAGUCCCUCGACCAAAGGUCCGAAGUCAUCUGACCAUCAAAGUGCAGUCCAAACUGAUGUCGAGGCCUGGUCCCCCUGUCCAUGGUCCAAAACCUCCUGUCGCCCCCAAGCCCAGACCCCUUUAUAAGCUUCACAAACAGGGGGAGCCCUGCCCCCCACAGAGCCUGAGUAACGGAGACCUGGCUCACUCAGAUGGAGAGACGGAAGAUCUCCAUGAAUUGCCUGAGGAAAAUCAGGACAAAGAGGAGGAAAGUGAGGCAGAGGAUGGCGUUAAUGACAAAGAAGACGUCGCAGAAGGAAAAACCGAGGAGGAAACAGAGAAAGAAGUGGACAUAUUCGAUAAUGAUGGCGACAGCAUUUGCUCUGAGGACACAGUCAAAGCAGAUGAUGGUUCGACUGUUGACACUACUGAGGACACUGAUAUUGACUUGAACCAGCCCGAAGGUGGCAAUCACACUGAUGAUGAGACUACAUCAACACCCUCACCUCCUGCUGACAUGGAGGAUGAAGCAGGAGAGGAGGUGGAGGAAGAGAAACAGAGCUGUAGUGAAAAGAUUGAAAUGCUUUGUGCCUCGGAUGAACAUGUAGAAGAAGAAAACCCUGAUCAAACACAGUCACUCAGUCAGGGUGAUAAGGACACUGAUGCUGGAAUUAUUGAAGAGGACGGUGGACAAAGAGAGGACUGCGCGCACUGUCCCGAUGAGCUGGAAGCUGGAGGUUUUGCAUUUGGAUUCAGCGUGCUGCCGACAGUGACUGAGGAGUAUCCCUACGAUGUGAUUGGCCCCACAGAUGAUGCUAGUGAUACAUGUGAGUCAUGUGACCAAGCUGAAACAGAGGUAUGGCAACCAGAACGAGCCACCAAGGACCUCUCUGGCUGUUUCCGAUUCACCUCCAGCACCGAGGACGUGUUUGGGCCUUAUUCAGUCAUUGAAGCUCUUCCAGGAGAUAUGUCUGACACUGCUGACCCAGAGUGGAGUCAGGAUGAUACUGAUGACAAACCCUCAAAUGAAAUGCAAACAGCAGGUGCUUCCAACCAGGAACCUUACUAUGUGUCAUCAGAUGAUGUGGACAAGCUAGACAACAAGCAAGCCCUCUUGGAACAGGGGGAGACCGAGGAGGGCACCGAUCAGUCGAAUCAGCACAAAAGCAAAGCAAAGGACAUUGAGUCAGCAGAUGAGUAUGCAGACAUUGACGACUCGCUCUGCACUAAAGCAGAUGACUUUGAGCAGGGUGUCUCAUCCGAGGAUUACGUCGAGAUAGGCGAUGACGAUGAAGAGGAGGAAACGGAAAAGAAGCACAUCAAAGGAAAAAGUGCAAAAGAGAGAACAGCCAAACGUGAGCAGGCGUUCAACAGCCAGCGAGCGAGCUGCCAGCCUCGCCUUCGGCUGUGCAACAUCACCGUGCCAUCAGACCUAGACCUGGGCCGCACCCCGGAGCUCACCAAUAGGGUGGUGUUUGCCCACACCACUGAGGCCUUUGAAGAAGACAUUGAAGAACUGGACUGCCAUAUCGUGCCUUACUAUGAAGACACAGAGUCAGACAGUGAAGAGCAUAUAUAUGAAGAGGCAGGGUUUGACUCAGAAGGGGAAAACUUUGUGACACUUGAUCGGAAGACCAUUGUCACACGAUCGCGCUCUUAUUCUGGGAAAGUUCCAGGCUACGUACCAGAAACUGUACCAGAGGAGACAGGGACGGAGUACCAGACUCAUGACUACUGCACGGUGGGCUUGGAUAAGACCAACGAAGCUCUUAGCCAUUCACAGCAGCCUGCAGUCAACUGUUUGAUCCCGUCUAUGAAGUCCCGUCGCUUCCUGUUAUAUUCCCGGUCAGCAGAGGGUCCAGAAUUGUCCUUGACAUCGCCCACCGAGAUCAGCAAAUCUUUAAAGGAUGACUUCAGGAUUAGGAGGAAAGAUGAUACCCUUUCACUCCCAUGUGUCAUAACUUCCUCUGGAAGCUUCUCUCAGCGCAGCCAUCAAUCAUCCAGUGGUGUUUCCACGCCAACCUCUCUUGUGGACAUCCCACCACCCUUUGAGCUGGCAUACAUAACGAAAAGACCAGUCACCAAGAGUUCCCCAUCCCUACUGAUCCAUCAUGAACCCAAUGACAUACCUAAGAAGAAGAAGUCCUCCUUCAAGCGCUUUCUGGCCCUUAAAUUUAAAAGAAAGACAGAUUCAAAAGGUUUCAGUGAUGGAAGUGUCCGCUCUUCACGUUCUUCCUCUGAGUCCAGCCACCAUGGCCCAGUAAGAGUCAUAGAGCUUGAUCGCAGAAGCACCGGCAGCUCUCCUCAGCUUCAGUCCCACAUAGUGAACCCCCAGCAGCGUCCUUUAGACCUGCCAUCCUCCUUUAUCCACCAACAGAGGAAAUCUUACGGCAGAGGUGUUUCAAGAGUGGAGUCCUUCGAGGAGCGCUCUCGGCGCUCCGCUAUGCCGCUCCCUUUGACCAAACCCCGCUCCAUCUCCUUUCCCAGUGCGGACACCUCAGACUAUGAAAACAUCCCAGCCAUGAGCUCAGACUAUGAGAAUAUCCAGAUCCCAGGUAGACCCACCAGGUCCCACACUGUGACUGAGUUUUUUGAGGACCCAAACCGCACUACAGUUACCUGCAAUGACAAUGACGGUUAUGUGGAUAUGAACAGUUUCCCUGGGAUUGACAGCAAACCCCAGACAUCAAAAGCAGACACUGAAAGUGCCUACACGGAGCCUUUCCCCAUGAACCCUGUCUCUGCUGGGCUGUCAGCGGAUGAGGACCACGGGCGUACCUCAGAGGAGGAGGAGGGGGUGGCGGAGCAAAGUUAUGACCGACAGAUUGAUGGACGAUCCCGAGCCUUCUACGUCGCCAAAGAGCUCGUCGACUCCGAGAGAAUACAUGUCAGCGCCCUCAAGCACCUUCAAGAGGACUUUAGGUCGGCAGUGACAGAGGCCGAGGGCGAGGAAGGGGAGCCUGUGCUGGAGGAGCAGAGGUUAGGGGAGAUACUGGGCGAACUCCCACAGGUGUACACCCUCCACAGCAGCAUCCUCGCUGAGCUGGAGGAGCGCGUCAGCCAGUGGGAGGAGAGCCAAAGGGUGGUGGAUGUGAUCCUGUCACGGCGGGAGGAAUUUCGGGUGUUUGACACGUAUAUCUCGGAGUAUGAUCGCAGUAUGUCCAUACUGGAAGAGAGCUGCAGGAACAACCCGACCUUCGCCAGCAUCGUCAAGAAGUUUGAGACAAGAAGCCCAGAGGAAGCUGAAGUCCCACUGAAACACCAGCUGCUGCAGGUUAUAGUGAGGGUGCUUCAAUAUCGAAUGCUGCUCACAGAUUACCUGAACAACCUCUCUCCUGAUUCUAAAGAAUACGAGGACACACAAGCUGCCUUGGUGAUCGUGUCCGAAGUGGCAGACCAGGCCAACGACAAUCUGAAACAGGGGGAGAACCUGCUGCGUCUGGUCCACAUAGAGUACAGCGUGAAGGGCAAGAGGGACCUCCUGAAGCCUGGAAGGAUGUUUGUCAAAGAAGGCACGCUUAUGAAGGUCUCGAAGAAAAGCAGGCAGCCCAGACACUUGUUUCUGAUGAACGAUAUCAUGCUGUACACCUACCCUCAGCAGGAUGGAAAAUACAGGCUGAAGAACACACUUUCUCUGUCUGGGAUGAAGGUGAGCAAACCUGUCCUGGACCAUGUGCUGAACUGUCUUAGGAUCGAGGUGUCUGACAUCACUAUUACGCUCUCAGCCAGUUCAGUCGGAGAGAGGGAGGACUGGUUCCACACGUUGAGUCGAGCCAUAGCAGACCAUGCAGCAGGACUCUGUACAUUUGGUGGACCGUGCAGUGAGGCCAGAGAGAAGCUGUGGAUGGCCCUGGGAGAGGCUGCUCCUGUGCUGGUGCCAGUUUCUCAUGUGAUGAUGUGCAUGAACUGUACGUCUGACUUCAGCCUCACGCUGAGACGACACCACUGCAACGCCUGUGGCAAGGUGGUGUGCCGUGCUUGUUCCAGGAACAGAUACCCACUGAAGUACCUCAAAGACAGGGUGGCCAAAGUGUGUGACCACUGCUAUGCCGAGCUCAGGAAAAGAGGUGGCAGCGUGUCGGGGGCAUGUGGCAACUCCAGCCCUCGGACUCACCGGGCCAGCCGUCCUCUCUCUGCUGUCUUCCAAAGCCUGCAGCCCCCGAGUUUGUGGAAGAGCAGGAAGAGCACCUCCUCUCUCAACCAGGUGGCGCUUGCAGUGGAGGGCUCCACCAUGAGCGGCAGCCUGCAGCGCAGAAAGAAGAGCAAGAGGAAGUGGAAACGGCUGUGGUUCCUCCUCAAAGACAAGGUGCUCUACACCUUCACAGCCCGUGAGGAUAAAGUGGCUUCGGAGAGUCUACCUCUGCAGGGCUUCACCGUCAAGCUGACUGAGAGGCCGGAGGGAGAGGAAAGCAGCGUGUUCCAUCUCUACCACAAGAAAACCCUGUACUACACCUUCAGGGCCGAUGAUCAACAGAUGGCACGCAGAUGGGUCAAUGCCAUGGAGGAGGCUACUGUUUUAUAGCACCUGCUCAGUUCAACGAACACGCCCUGCUAGAACUCCUCUGUGGAGCACAACAUAGCUACCUGCUGCAUCUGGACUCACACCAUCAGUAAGGAUUCAUCCCGUCUGACCUGUCGCGGAACAUCAUGUCACAGUUUAAUCACCAGGUGGAAUCUUAGACAACGCUGCCACCCAAUGGUGGGGAGUUAAAAGUAGGAGGGGUGCUGCUAUGUAGAGAGGAGAAAUGGAAACCUCUUGUUGGAGAAUGAUUAAAGGUUCCCCAGGUUUUCAGCUGAUCCAGCCGUCUUCACAGGAACCCUUUAAGAAACAUUUAAUUCCCUCUGUUUUUAACUUUUUACAAGGACCACCCCACACAAGAGUCUUCACUACGUCAGCUUUUUUAACGUUGUUGUAUUUUGAUGUCUUUUUUAUGAGGUUCCACUGGAUUAUUAAACCACUGUUUCGGUUCUGCAGGAGAACGUCACAUCCUUAAUGUUUUUUUUUUUUAUACGCGUGAGACAGUGACAGCCUGUGUUCUGUGACGGAUGAAACAUCACUUUGCAAAGAAAAUCCGAAACCAACUUUGCUCCACAGUAGUAUUUGCAGCUAGAAAAAAAGGGAAAAUAUUGGUCACCGUUUUAGAGAGAUAUUUGGUAUUCUGAAUAUAUAUUGUGAGGUAUACACUGCAGAAACUUAAGUGAAUUAUAUGGCUUGUUUGUAGAAAUGUUGUGACACAAUGUUCUGAUUAAGAGGUCAUUUUUAAGCAUCAUGGUGUGUGUACAUUAUAUUCCUCGUCUAGUCUUGUAUUGAAGCGACAAAUCUGUGGAAUGACCUCGGGCAUGAUAACCACUCAACAGCAUUUCUACAACUUUCACUUUGUAUUUGAUUCUGUAGGUUUGUCAUACGGUUUCUUAAGUGCCAAUUGAUUUCUUCCAGUUGAAUGCAGUGCAAUUUGCAACUGAUGAUGAAUGUGCCUGAAAUGGAAUUGUACUCCUUGUUUUGUUAUCACAGUACUGUACCACUGUCAUGUCUCCAGAAGAGACCUUGAUAACAUUAGCUUUUUAUCUACUCUUAUAUACUUAAUCUUAUAGUGUUUUAAGCUUGGUUACAGUCCAGUAACAUAAGAAUAUACUAUUGUGCCACUUUUAUUAAUACAUAUUUCAUGCUGUAUAUACACUGCUGGAUAAAAUCACACUUUAACCACUUGGAAAACUGCUGAAAAAAAAAGCCACUGUCACACUACCUAAAAACUGUCAGUGUUAGAAUCAUCUGAGCCGCUCAUGUCUUCGCUGGAGCUUCACUCUUCUCUGCUCACACGUGCAUAGUUCAAACUAACCUACCUAGAGGCAUUGUCCACUCCAGUCAGAAUGUAGACGUACCACAUGUGAUCUGUCAUCUUUCCAUCACACCACACUGUUUCUAAAGCACACAUUUGUUCAGUACUGUUCAGCUUUAUCCUACGUGCCAUACCUAUAGUGUUAUUAUGGAUUGUACUUCUUGCAUAUAGUCCAUUGUAAAUGUUUAUGUAUAUAGAUACAUAUUAAAAUAAACUCCUUUAAAAAGUGCA